GGUUAGCUUAGAAGAAAAGAGUAAUUCCAAAUUCCUUGAAAUUGAAUGAUUGGGGUAAAAAUGUACACGAUUAAGGUCUUUCUUUUUAUUGUUCCUCUAGUUAUUUCUUCCAGAAUUGACCAAGAUUAUUUAUCAGCUGGUUCUGCAUCGCCAGAGCCAAACUCAAGAUUUGCUAUGUUAGAUGAUGUAAAAAUUUUAGCCAAUGGCCUCCUUCAGUUAGGACAUGGUCUUAAAGACUUUGUCCAUAAAACCAAGGGCCAAAUCAAUGACAUAUUUCAAAAACUCAACAUAUUCGAUCAGUCUUUUUAUGACCUGUCCUUGCAAACUAAUGAAAUCAAAGAAGAAGAAAAGGAACUUAGAAAAACUACAUCCAAACUACAAGUCAAAAAUGAAGAAGUAAAGAAUAUGUCUCUUGAACUCAACUCAAAACUCGAAAAUCUCCUAGAGGAAAAAAUUCUACUUCAACAAAAAGUCAAAUAUUUGGAGGAACAAUUAACUCACUUAAUUAAAGAGCAACCUGAAAUUCAGGAAUACCCAGAAGUAACUUCACUUAAAACUUUUGUAGAACAGCAAGAUAAUAGCAUUAAAGACCUUCUCCAUACUGUGGAAGAACAAUAUAGACAAUUACACCAGCAGCACAGCCAAAUAAAAGAAAUAGAAAAUCAGUUAAGAAGAACGGGUGGUAUUCAAGAAUCCACAGAUUCUUUUUCUACGAAGCCAAGAGCACCAAGAACUACUCCCGGUCUUCACUUGAAUAAAACAAAAAAUGCAGAAUAUGAUGAGAUUCCUGUCGAUUCCACCACCAUUUAUAAAAGGGGCAAACACAUAAGUGGUAUUUACUCCAUUAGACCCAGAAACUCUCAAGCUUUUAAUGUCUACUGUAAAAUUACAGCAGAACGAGGGGGCACAGUAAUUCAACACUGAAUAGAGGGAACACAAAAUUUCAGUGAAACUUGGGAAAACUACAAAUAUGGUUUUGGGAAGCUUGAUGGAGAAUUUUGGCUGGGUCUAGAGAAGAUAUACUCCAUAGUAAAGCAAUCUAUUUACAUUUUACGAAUUGAGCGAGAAGACUGGAGAGAUAACAAGCAUUAUUUCGAAUAUUCCUUCCAUUUGGGCAAUCAUGAAACUAACUCUAGGUUAAACCUGGUGGAGAUUACUGAUGUGCUCAGCGCCCUCCCAGAACACAAAGACUUGAUGUUUCCCACUUGGGAUCACAGAGUGAAAGGACACUUCAAUUGCACGGAAAAUUACUCAGGAGGCUGGUGGUGGGAUGAUAAAUACGAGGAAAAUAACCUAAAUGACAAUUACAAUAAGCCCAAAGCCAAAGCAAGGACGGAGAAGAGAAAAAUAUGCUGGAAAACUCAAAAUGGAAGGUUACUGAUCAAGUCAACCAAAUUGUUGAUCCACCCAAAAACAGAUUCAGUGAGCCCAGAAUGA